AUGGUUGAAUUAACAGAAAUUAAGGAGGACACAGUCCAGGAUCCACCAGUUACCCCAGCUGGUCUAGGUGAUGUUGCAGUUAAAGGCGCUAGAGUUGAGGAUGAAGAAGAUGACAGUGACUUUGAAGAUGAUUUUGAUGAGAACGAGACUCUCUUGGAUAGAGUCAAAGCAUUGAAGGAUAUUAUUCCACCACAACACAAGAACAGAAUUUGUGCUGUUUUCUCCACUUCCUGUUCUAUUAUAAAGUCUGCUUUCACCAGGGGCAGUGGAUUGGCAUGGACUCUGACCACUUCUGCGCUACUCCUAGGUGUGCCUCUAUCGCUUUCCAUCUUGGCUGAACAGCAACUGAUUGAGAUGGAGAAGACUUUUGACCUACAAAAGGACGCUAACGAUAUCUUGGCCCAAGGUGAUGAGAAAAACACCGUUGCCACAGCAUAA